CUUGUUAUUGGAUGGUUCUGGAUCAGGUGACUCAGAACCAUCAGUUUAACGCCGAGUCAAACAAACUCACCUUAGAACUACACGGGAGUGAGAGACAACUUUGAAUGAGCUAAAGAGAGCCAGCAUGUCUAAAACCAGACUAAUGCCUUCACCCGUAUGCUUGGUGGAGAAUGUGAACGGAUCACUCAAUGUCAAUAAGGAUGCCCUUGAGUUCCUGAGUGGGAUCAAUGAGCCGGUGGUGGUGGUGUCUGUGGUGGGACUCUAUCGUACAGGGAAGUCUUACCUUAUGAACCGCCUGGCAGGACAACAGACAGGCUUUGCUCUUGGCAAUACUAUUGAGUCGAAGACCAAAGGCAUCUGGAUGUGGUGUGUCCCUCACCCCAAUAAAGAUGGACACACUCUGGUGCUGCUGGACACGGAGGGACUUGGUGACGUGGACAAAGGAGACUCUAAGAAUGACAGCUGGAUCUUCUGUCUGGCUGUUCUGCUCAGCAGCACAUUGGUGUACAACAGCCGCGGUACCAUCGAUAACAAUGCAUUGGAGAAUCUACACUACGUUACUGAGCUCAGUGAGCAGAUUAAGAUCAGAUCACCAUUAUCUGCACCAAAAGGAGCGGCUGAAGAAGUAGAGGAUUGUCAGUUUGUGCGAUUUUUCCCAUCAUUCAUCUGGGUUGUGAGAGAUUUCACAUUGAAGUUGGUAACUGAUGGAAAGAAAGUGACAGAAGAUGAGUACCUUGAGUUUGCCCUCGAUCUGAAGAAAGGUGUGAAUAAGAAAAUCAGCGACUACAACCUCCCUCGUCAAUGCAUCCGAAACUAUUUCCCAUCCCGGAACUGUUUUGUAUUCCCAUCUCCAGCCUCAUCUGAAAACAUGAUACACUUAGAAAACUUAAAAGAACAUGAACUUGUGCCAGAUUUUCUGGAGGUCACGGGUCGUUUCUGUGACCACAUCUUUCACAAGAGUUCUGUGAAAACGCUGAAAGGAGGACACAGUGUUACUGGCAAAUUGCUUGGGCAUCUGGUGCAGAUUUAUGUAGAUACAAUCAGCAGUGGUGAAGUGCCCUGUCUGGACAAUGCAGUUGCUACUCUUGCAUUUUUAGAGAAUGAGGCAGCUGUUCAAAAAGCUUUAAAAGUAUAUCAGAGUGGGACAGAAGAGGUGAAAAACAAAUUCCCAGUAAGUGUAAUUGACAUUACCUCAGAGCACCAGAAGUUCAGCAAUCUGGCCAUCUCUGAGUUCAUGAAACACUCCUUUAAAGAUGAAAAAGGAGAAUACUUAAUAAAACUGAUGGAAGCUGUAGGUAAAUGCUAUGUAGACCUACUGCAAGAAAAUGAGAUGGCAUCAGAAAGAAAGUGCAGAGAUCUGCUGAAGGAUCUGUUCUCUGACAUGAAAAAACGUCUGCAAGAUGGAGAGUACAGUCAGUCUGGAGGAUAUGAAGUCUACUGCAGAGACAGAGACGCCAUUGUUGAACAGUACCGCAGAGAACCCAAUAAAGGUGUAUCGGCUGAGGCCAUGCUGAAUGAGUUUCUGAAAGACCAGGGACCUGAAGCCAAAAGCAUCCUCUACAUUGAUACAAAACUCACUGAAAAUGACAAAAAGAUUCAAGAGGAGAAAGAGAAGACGGCUUUGCUGGAACAGAGAUGUAAAGAAGAAGAGGAGAAACGAAUUGAGAGAGAGCUAAUGUUGCAGGAAGAGAGAAAACAGCAUGCAGACAGGAUGCAGCAGAUGCAGGAGAAGUUUAAAUCAGAGAUGGAACAGCAGCAGCAGGAGAUGGACAGAGCUCUGGAGAGCAAAAUGAUGGAGUUGGGGGGACUGCUAAAUAAAGGCUUUAAAGAGAAAGCUAAUCUUCUUGAGGAAGAGAUAAACAAUCUAAAAAGAGAAAAGGAAGAAAAAGGUUCUGGUGGUUUAAAGGAUUUGAUGAUGGUACUUCUUAGCAAUAUGGAAAAACUCCUUCCUCUAAUCCUUGAGUUCAGAAGGAAGAACAGCAAACCAUAGGCACUUCAAGUCAGGCAUUUUUAACAUUGUUGCAUUUAUAAAAGGAGUAUAACCAACCGACAUUUAUCAGUAUAAGCUUUGGAUGAUUUGUUGAUGGUUUAUGAGUCGUGUCCAAAUUUGUGUUUGUGUAGGAGAGAAAGGUACUGUGGCUUUUCCAGUGCUACAUUUAAUCCAUAUCUAAAAGUGCAUGUGUAAAUGCAGGGUUACUGAUGUAAAGUAAAUAUUAUUUGGCUGACAAUGUAAUCCCAAGAAGUCAGCCCUAAUGAUUUAAUCCACUGCAUUCAGCAGAUAUUUUAGGCCACUGAAAUGAUGGGUAUCUUCAGCUGCAUGAUUUCAAAAUAAAGUAUAUAUAUAGUGUAUCAGUAAUGCAAGAGGACAAUAGAGUGUUUUCACGAUGUGUCAUCAGCUGGCCAUAUUGGCGGCACUGAACAUAAACAAUGCCACUGAACUAAGUGAAACUUGCAUAUUUUGCUGAUUUUUGCUGCUGAGUCAGUUAUUGUUAUGUAUUGUCUGUACUAAUCGGGCGGACCGGGAAACACAUUUGGAAUACUAUAGACUGCCAAAAGUUGCCAAAAGAGUGCAAUAAACUCUCUGAGGAGCAAAAGAUGUGUGGUUGGUCAAACUGAACCAGGAUUUCCAGUGCAAGAAUCUUGACAACAUCAAGUUUAAAAUUGUCUUUGACACACCUUUUGACCUUUAAUUUUUAUUUUUUUAAUGAUUCUGAACAUUUUACAUCAUUUUAAACUAUAGCUCUACCAAAUAUCAUAAUUUUGACUUUGUCCCCAGGCCUGUGUCUGCCAUUUUGAUGAUAAAUACGACACUUAAUAUUAGCUAAUAUUAGCACUUAAUAUUUUUUCCCACAUUGUUUGGUAUAUCAGAAAUAGUUUUCUCUAGUGUAUGUAUGUGUGUGUGUGUGUGUGUGUGUGUGUGUGUACUUGUUUUUGCUACACUGUGGGGAACAAAUGUCCCCACAAGGAUAGUAAAACCUGAAAUUUUUGACAUUGUGGGACCGGCCUGUGGUCCCCACAAUGUUAAAAAAUGAUUAAAAAUAGUAAAUGAUAUUUAUCUGAGAGUGUAACGAUGCAAACAUGUUUUCUG